ACCACCGGGGCGCCGCCUGUCGCGCGCCGCCUCUGCCCUUCUUUCUCCUCCCUGCCCCAUGCCGCCGGCCGCCUCCUAACCCGACCUGCCUCUCCCCCCAUCCAUGGCCACCGCCGCCGCCGCCAUCGCCGCGGCCCUUCUCCGCCGCUCCACCUCCUCUAACCACCACCGGCGUAUCCUUCUCCUCCUCCCCCUCCUCUCCCACCUCCAGCGCGCCGCGCCCCAACCCCCUUCCCCUUGGGUCCCGCCGCCCCACCGCCGCUUCUUCUCCUCCGACGUAACCGCCGAGGGGGACAAUAAGCCGCCUCUUGACGCGAAGCAGCUAUGGCGCGAGGUGUCGACCUCGGAGCCCGCGACCGGCGCGUCGCGCCUCCCGAAGGCCACGUGGGACGCCGUGGUGGCGCUCCUCCGCGGCUUCGGCAAGGACCCGGCCAUGUCCGACCAAGCCCUCGCGCUCUACAUCCCUGCCUCGGCAUUCCCCGCCUACGCGCAACGCUUCCGCCACUUCCUCCCCUCACGCCUCUCCCGGGAGUCCGCCGAGCGCCUCCUCUCCCUCCCAUCUGAGGACGCGCACGCCCUCCUCCUACCGGCCUUCGCUGAGUUCUGCGUAGCCCACCUCGCGGACGAGCUGAGGCAGCACAAGUCCAUCAUGGCCGCGGCGGACCUCACCGCGCCGCACACAUGGUACCCCUUCGCUCGCGCCAUGCGCCGGCGGGUUGUGUACCACUGUGGUCCCACCAACAGCGGCAAGACGCACAACGCGCUCACCCGCUUUGCCGCUGCCAACUCCGGCAUCUACUGCAGCCCGCUCCGGCUCCUCGCCAUGGAGGUCUUCGACAAGGUCAAUGCCCUGGGCGUCUACUGCAGCCUCCGCACCGGUCAGGAGAUAAAGGAGAUGCCUUUCUCCAACCACGUCGCUUGUACCAUCGAAAUGCUCUCUACCGAGGAGCUCUACGAGGUUGCUGUGGUUGAUGAGAUUCAAAUGAUGGCUGACCCUGUCAGGGGCUAUGCGUGGACACGCGCCGUUCUUGGGCUCAAGGCAGACGAGAUACAUCUGUGCGGUGACCCUAGUCUGCUGAAGAUUGUUCGGAAGAUUUGUGCAGAUACUGGAGACGAUUUGGAAGUGCAUCAAUAUGAGCGGUUCAAACCGCUUGUUGUUGAAGCAAAGACACUGCUAGGAGACCUCAAGAGUGUUCGCUCUGGUGACUGCAUUGUCGCGUUUUCACGCAGAGAAAUAUUUGAGGUGAAACUGGCAAUUGAGAAGUUUACAAAGCACAAGUGUUGUGUUAUAUAUGGAGCUCUUCCACCAGAGACACGGCGGCAACAAGCAAAAUUGUUUAAUGAGCAGGAUAAUGAGUAUGAUGUGCUUGUAGCAAGUGAUGCUGUUGGUAUGGGAUUGAACCUUAACAUUAGGAGGGUGGUAUUUUAUAGUUUGUCCAAGUACAAUGGGGACAAGAUGGUACCAGUUGCUGCUUCACAGGUAAAACAGAUUGCUGGACGUGCUGGUCGGAGAGGCAGUAUUUACCCAGAUGGGCUCACAACCACUUUCUUGUUGGAUGAUUUGGAUUAUUUGAUCCAGUGCCUUCAGCAGCCGUUUGUGGAGGCAAAGAAAGUUGGUCUAUUUCCUUGCUUUGAGCAGGUGGAAAUGUUUGCCAGCCAGUUUCCUGACCUUACUUUCAGUGAGCUGCUGGAUAGGUUUCGUGAUAAUUGCCGCAUUGAUAAGGCAUACUUUAUGUGCCAACAGGAAAAUAUAAAAAAAGUUGCUAACAUGCUUGAGAGGGUCCAGGGUCUCUCGCUCAAGGAUCGCUACAACUUCUGUUUUGCACCAGUAAAUAUAAGGGAUCCAAAAGCCAUGUACCAUCUUCUGAGAUUUGCUACACACUAUAGCCAAAGCCGCCGUGUUAGCAUUGCGAUGGGAAUGCCAAAGGGUUCUGCAAAGAAUGACACUGAGCUUCUGGACCUUGAGACAAAACAUCAGGUCCUGUCGAUGUAUUUGUGGUUGUCACACCAUUUUGAGGAAGAUCAUUUUCCUCAUGUGCAUAAAGCUGAGGAAAUGGCAACAAAUAUUGCUGAUUUACUUGAUAAGUCACUUGCCAACGCAUGCUGGAAGCCUGAAUCAAGGAAGCAAGCAAAACCAAGACAAGAAAAAGAAGAGUGCAGUGAUGUGGACCAGGCAUCAGAUGAUAAUGCAAAGAGUCAUUCAAAAGAUGGUUAUGAAAGGUCAAUAUCACGUAUAAAACCAUUCAUGAGGAAAAGGCUGGACAGACCUAGCCAGGAUCCUUCUUCCUUGAACUAUGUGGCAUAAAUGACUUGUGGGUGAUUGAUUAACCACGACUGAUUGCCAAGACGGUACAGCGAUUUCAACCCCCCAAAGUAGCAGUUCAUCUAUCAGUUCUGGUGUAGGAUGGUUUGGUUACGUUGGGAGAAGUUUGGAAUUGAUCUUAUCCCCGAAAUGAUGAAGCUAUCCAGAGGUGUGCUAACAGCUGUUUUAGUGGCGUCACUUGAUACUUAGUAGAUUAAUUGCACGACGAGGACUAUCGACAUGAAUUCAUGAGAAUUAAAUUAUUAGGGUUUUCUUGAUAUAUGAUAGAAAGGGAUUGUGACAAUAAGUAGCUGGGAGUAAUAGAGUUUCUUUUACAGUUCACUUUGGAUGUACGGGGCUAUGUUCUCACCUGUCUCUGACGGUGUUCGGGGGAAAAAAAUGUGCUUUCGUCAGCACAAUUAUUUGUAUACCUUACAUGGAAGUUCAUCUAACACUAACUUUAAGACCAGGUACCGAACCCUCUGACCUUUACAAUGCCGUUGGGGGUAAACCCGCUAUGGUUGCUUUUAUUUGAUAUGCAUAUAUUUUGGAUGAG